CUUUCGGCCAAUUGAACGCACGGAGCGUCGUCGCUCCUCCCUCUCCUCCGAGCGUCUCUUGUUCUCAGCGCAGCCUCAACAUAUCCUCUCAUUCCGGCGUGCGAUCUGCCAUUUCUCUGUGAGGACCCUCCGUCAACUGUUAUCACACGCAAGACUCCCAGCCAUGGUCCAAGCUAAGACGUGGAUCCUGCUCAGUCACUUCGAUGGAUUCCCCAAGGACAGCGACUUUGAGCUCAAGACGGAGGAGCUUCCAGAGCCCAAAGAUGGGGAGGUGCUCUUGGAGGCUGUGUUUCUCAGUGUCGACCCGUACAUGAGGCCGUUCAGUCGCGUUCGCAUGAAAGAAGGCGAUGUGAUGAUUGGAACUCAAGUGGCCAAAGUGAUCCAAAGUAAAAACCCGGCGUUUCCCCUGGGGAGCCAUGUUGUCGGUCGUUGUGGCUGGAGAACGCACACGGUCAGCGGCGGGACGGACCUGGUCCCCAUCAUGCCCGACUGGCCUCAAGACGUCUCGUUGUCCCUGGCCCUGGGAACCAUCGGCAUGCCAGGACUCACGGCGCUGCUCGGGAUCGAGGAGGUGCUGGGACUCCAGAAAGGCGAGACCCUGCUGGUGAAUGCGGCGGCGGGCGCGGUGGGAUCCGUGGUGGGCCAGAUCGCCAAGAUCAAGGGCUGUAAGGUGGUGGGCUCGGCGGGCUCUGAUGCCAAGGUGGCCUUCCUCAAGGAGCUGGGCUUCGACGGGGCCUUCAACUACAAGACCGUCGGUUCGCUGGAGGAGGCGCUGAAGACGGCUUCUCCGGAGGGAUACGACUGCUUCUUUGAGAAUGUGGGAGGCCCCUUCUCAAGUGUUGCCUUGCAGCAGAUGAAGAACUUUGGGAGAAUCGCUGUGUGUGGCAGCAUUUCCGUGUACAAUGACACCACGCCUCAGACAGGCCCGUACCCGCAGCUGACCAUGAUCUUCAAGCAGCUGAAGAUGGAGGGCUUCAUGCAGUCCAGGUGGGAGCACAAACACCCCGAAUCCCUCAAGAGGCUGAUGGGAUGGUUGAAGGAGGGCAAACUGCACAGUCGCGAGCACAUCACCAAAGGCUUUGAGAACAUGCCGGCUGCCUUCAUGGGGCUGCUGCAGGGAGACAACGUGGGCAAGGCCGUCGUCGCAGUCUGAUCCUCACAGGAUCCAUAGGGACAGAACAGUAUUACAAAAAAACAACAACUAACUAUCAUAUAUUUCAUACACGAAGGACGGAGCAGGACACGGAACCAGCUAAACCGUAUAUAUUUUUUCAUAUUAGCAUGUCGACGUUUGUUCGUUUGGAUGUUUGUCUUUGUCACAAUACUAAAAUAAUAUAGAUGCAAUCUUGUUAUUUAGCCACGUGAGAAAAUGUGAUUUAUAUUUUUUUCCGCACGAGUUGACAAUUAACGGAUUCAAUCUGAAACAAGUCGUCCGCUUUCGAGUGAGGGGGCGGAACCAUUCUGCGAAGUUAAGGGGAUUUUCCUUCUAGGGAAAAUGCUCUCUUUUCUUUCUUUCUCUUUAAAAUAAUGGUAGCAUUUACUGCUUGGUAUUUUUGAAUUUUCAAAGUUUUCACCGUUUACACAGCAGCACCGCCCAGAAAAGUGUCGUCAUAUUUGAGUGUAUGUCAUUUGGGAGUAUGAAGGUUCCUGGAUCUGCUGCCAAUACAGUCGUUAACUGUAACAAACAGUAAUUAACCAUGUGCUUUGUAUUUAGUGAGAGCUUUUAUAUAGUAAAUAAAAAGGUUUGGCUUUUUAAAAAAAGAAUUGUC